CGCUAUGGCUGGAGGACCCUACUUAUCGCCGCUACCCGGCGAUCUUUUAUCGGAGUAUAUGUUUGGUAGACGAAGACAGAGGAGAAACCGUACGACGUUUACGCCACAACAGCUUCAAGAACUCGAAAGUCUUUUCCAGAAAACUCAUUAUCCAGACGUGUUUUUGAGAGAAGAAGUAGCUCUACGAAUUAAUCUUUCCGAAGCUCGUGUACAGGUAUGGUUUCAGAACCGUAGAGCUAAGUGGCGCAAACACGCACGCCUUCAAAUAAUUCAAGACGCGUGGAGAAUUCGCUGCAUGGGUUUGAACACACAAUCACUUUUAUUGGGUCGUCAAGCACCAGAUGGAACAACACGUUUGGCGGACGAUAAAGAAUCUCCGUCAACGCCUCCAACCCAAUCAACUGUAGUCUCUUCACCCACCCAUGUACCGGGAAGUUACCGAAUGCUUCAAAAUUUUCAAGUAACAGAACGACCACCAUUAGUUGGACCACCGACAAAUACAGUUACAACCAAAUUGUUCUGCCCGUAUUCUUCUACUGAAAAUGACAUUUCAAAUAGACGUUCAGCUCAUCACCAAGACUCUAGGUCGGACAUGAACGGAAACCUAUCUUUGAUGGUAGGUUCUGUGGAUUUAACAUGCUCAAAAUCUCGKUCUACCAGUCCUGAUGAAGAAAAUGACAUMAACGUAAAUGAUUAAAAAUAUUUUAAUCAAACUAAAUAAUUAAGAACGACAAAAUGCAAUUUACUUUAAACUUAAGUUUUAUUUAAAAAUAUUAUGUACAA